CCGGCAGCGCUGUACCGAGGGGAGGCUCCGUCUCUAAGGCACCCUGCGGGGGAAGGGAGCUGGGUGGGGGCAAGCCAGGAAGGGAGGAUCUCAGUGGCUCUCCUAAAAUCUGUCGGCAGGCUGCGAGGAGGGAAGAGUUUAGCACUUCGCGGGCGAGGCUGGGCUCGUUUUCCCCAGCGGUGAUGCCGCUGGACUGAGAGCGGCGCGGCCGUGCGAGUUGGGGGGACGGAGCCCCCCCCCCCCCUUCGCCGCCCCCCAGCCCCGGUCCAGCGCUUUCAGCCCCGGUGGCUCGUCUGUGCCGCCCCGAUCAAUGAGAGCCGCCCCGAGCGGAGGGCGACUCGGCGCCUGCUAGGGCUGCUCUCCGCCUCCCCCCGCGCAGGACUUUCCCACCCCGACGAGGAGCGGCGCGCCUCGCAUCCCGGAGAGUUGUGUCGGCAGGCUCCGUGCUAUGGCGAGGCUGCGGAGGAGCAAACUAGCCGCUGGAUUUCUAUUACUUUUGCAGUGCCUGAGCGAGCGCUGGCAGCCGGCCGGCGGGGAGACGCCGAGGCAGAGCCGCGGUGUGUUCUAUGAAGUUCUUCAGAGCUUCCCUAGAGUGGAGGAAAAUGUGCGAGUGGAUUCGUAUGUAAGCAGCCACAGGUGGAGAAGACACUCAGAGUCUCUCAAAUCAGUUGACACCAACAGAGCCAGCACGGGGCAGGAUUCCUCUGAGCCAGGGGGGUUCACAGACCUGCUGCUGGAAGAGGGACAUGACAACACCACCCAGAUUGAGGAAGAUACAGAUCAUAAUUAUUAUACUUCAAGGACAUAUGGCCCAUAUGAUUCUACCAGCCGGGAUUUGUGGGUCAAUAUAGAUCAAAUGGAGAAAGACAAAGUAAAGAUUCAUGGGAUCCUUUCCAACACCCAUCGGCAAGCAGCAAGGGUGAAUCUGUCCUUCGAUUUUCCAUUUUAUGGCCAUUUUCUACGUGAAAUUACUGUGGCAACUGGGGGUUUCAUAUAUACUGGAGAAGUUGUGCAUCGAAUGCUAACAGCUACACAAUAUAUUGCACCCUUAAUGGCAAAUUUUGACCCCAGUGUGUCAAGAAAUUCAACAGUCAGAUACUUUGAUAAUGGCACAGCACUAGUUGUCCAGUGGGACCAUGUCCAUCUGCAGGAUAAUUACAACCUGGGCAGUUUCACUUUUCAGGCCACCCUUCUCAAUGAUGGGCGUAUCAUUUUCGGCUACAAAGAAAUUCCUGUCGCUGUAACACAGAUAAGUUCAACCAACCAUCCAGUGAAAGUGGGACUCUCAGAUGCAUUUGUGGUUUUGCACAGGAUCCAGCAAAUUCCCAAUGUCCGUAGAAGAACAAUUUAUGAGUACCACAGGGUGGAGCUACAAAUGUCAAAGAUUACCAAUCUCUCAGCUGUUGAAAUGAUACCUCUUCCAACUUGUCUCCAGUUUACCAGCUGUGGUCCCUGUGUCACUGCCCAGAUUGGUUUUAACUGCAGCUGGUGCAGUAAACUCCAAAGAUGCUCCAGUGGAUUUGACCGUCACCGGCAAGAUUGGGUAGACAGUGGUUGCCCUGAAGAGUCUAAAGAUAAGAUUUGUGAGAAGAAUGUAGACACAACUGAAAUACAUCCAUACUCCACCACCACCUUGCAGCCAACCACCACAAAAUUCAGAGUUCUAACAACCACCAGAGAAUCCACUACUUCCCACCUGCCAACUAGCCUGCCCACAGAAGAUGACACCAAGAUAGCACUGCAUCUAAAAGAUAAUGGAGCUUCCACUGAUGACAGCGCAGCAGAGAAGAAAGGUGGAACGCUUCAUGCCGGUUUAAUUGUUGGAAUUCUAGUCCUGGUCCUCAUUGUGGCUGCAGCCAUCCUUGUGACUGUCUAUAUGUAUCAUCAUCCAACGUCAGCAGCAAGUCUCUUCUUUAUAGAGCGACGUCCAAGCAGAUGGCCGGCAAUGAAAUUCAGAAGAGGAUCUGGACAUCCUGCCUAUGCUGAAGUGGAACCAGUUGGAGAAAAAGAAGGGUUCAUCGUGUCAGAGCAGUGCUAAAGUUCCUAGGACAGAACAUUAGUACUGGCUUACGGGUGUAAGACAUUUACUUUGCCUCUCUUUAAAGAAAAGGAACCCUAAGCUGCUGUAGCCUGAUAGAAGAUUUUGGAUAAGCUUUGUCCAAGAAGAAAAACUAUCAAAGAUACCAGAUUACCCCUGCACAGUAGUUUUUGUUAAUGGACUGAGACACAAUGAUUCAUGCAGAACACUUGUCAGUGGACAUCUAUGGUAUCAGAACUAUGGCAGAAGUGCCAUUUUUUUGGUUUUAGGUAUGGGGAUGCACAGUAAUCGAAAAUAUAAUAAAGCUUUGGUGCACAAGGCUAUUUCCCUUUGGUUCAAGUGUUCUUCUCUGGUAUUUCAAAGAGUGAAUGAGAAAUCUGUACUCUUUCAGUGCAAAGAGCGCUGAACAGUGUUCACAGAUGUUUGAGAAAAACAUCUCAAAACAAGUAAAGAAGAAAAAAAGAAAUUUUCCGAUACUUCUAUAAGUGGAUGUGAAAUGCACUCACUUUUCAAUUCUUAACUAACCUUCCUACCUAACCGAGUGAGUCACAAUAUGUAUGCUUUCCGGAACACGUACAAUGUUUCUUGACAUUGCUGAUUUCUGUCCUUUUAAACAACUCAUGAUACACAAAUGGUAAGAAAUGAAGAUAAAAGAGAAUUUUUACAAUGGUGAAAAUAUUUAACUUUAUUUCAAGGGAUUUCACAAUGGAAUUGGGCUGAUUUUCAGUUUCAGUGUUCACUAUAAAUCAAUUAUCAGGUUUGUUUCAACAGAUAUCUUUAAUUUAUGAACAGUAGGCUGAAGUAAAGGCAACAGAUCCUUUUAGCUGUCAGAGACCUUAUGGACUAUUUCUUAGGCAAUGUGAUAUGAAAAAUAAGAUUUAAACCAAUGGGUUUCUAUCCUCUGCCAUUUCAUUGUGAGUUCUUACUGAGAAGCACCACAGACUUCAAUGCACCCGUUCUAGAGAUUCAGAUACAAGUGUUAUUGAACCCUGCUGAUUCAUACAGUGAUUUUGUUUAAUGCACAUACUAGUUGCAUAAAUAUAUAUAUAAAUAUAUUUUUUUUUAUAGCUAACACAAGGCGGGCUCUUGUGACUGUUAAGACUGCAUUUUUGUCAUCCAGACAAAGGAAAUGGGUUGCAUUACUGCAUAUUUCCACUGAGUUGUAAAAUAAUCCUUAAUAUUAGAAUAUUUUUAUGUUGUGUAGGGAAGGUGGUUCAUGUAGUUGCAGUGCCAUAACCUUUCUACCUAUUGGAACCACUCUUUCUUUAAUAUUGACCCUUUCCCUCCCUUUACAGGGAAAGACAAGACUAUAAAUUUACACCAUCAAAAACAGUUACUGCUUUCAUGGAAGGGGUUAAUGUGCAGUGAAACCUAGAUCUUCCAUGUGGAGUGUGAACUUAAAUACUUUGAUGAUCUGGGCCUGAACUAUUGAAAUAUUAAAUUCAGGUAUCAUAUUUACAUUUCAUUAUUGUCAUUAGCUAUCAAAAUUUUUACAUACUGUACAAGGCACUUGAAUCAUUUUACAAUGAGAUAUAAAACAUUUGCAGUUUCCAAUCUCAAGCAUUUUAAAAAAAAUGUAGAUACCACCUUAACAGUACAGUUAUUCACAUUUCUUGUUGAUGCUUGUAUGGUUUAAAAUUCAUUACUUAAUGCUGUUUUAAAAGAAAAAGCAAAUGCAAUUUCUACUAGUUAUUUUGUUCAGUAAAUAAUACAAUACUGUAUUUUCUGUAUUCUUUUAUUUUGUGUAACACACCUCUGUUUUAAUUCAUCUAGCAUAAGACUGAAAUUGUUCAAGACCUAACUGGUAUUAACCUGAAGUUACUAACAAACACAUUGUCUUGAAGCCUUGUGAAAAGCCUGUGGCGCGCAUUCAUUUUAAUUUGUGUGGGUUUGCUGAGCCCUGUUUCUAAUAGGCUGGGAUUAAAUUGCAGGCUAUUAAUUCCAAUAGCAAUAACCAUAUGUAUGCACAUAUAUAUCUGGUGACAUUCACUUUUACUAAAUAAAAAGGUAUCAGUGCACAUCAUUUAGACAUGUAUUUGGUGUGCAGUACUUAGAAGUAGUUUUUCUAGGAACUUUGGAAGCGAUCAACUAGAGUUCAUUGGCCAAAUGAAGCAAUUGUGCAGAGCUUCCAAUUCAAGCAUGCUGGAAUCAUGUUUGAAAUAAUUUUUAUUUCAGAGCAUAUAUUGGCAAAUUAUACUAAAAAAUUUACAUAAAUCCGCACAGUACUGCAAUAAUCAGAGAAUCAUAGAAUUAUAGAAUCAUGGAAUGGUUUGGCUUGGAAGAGACCUUAAAGAUCAUCUAGUUCCAACCAAUAAGUUCAAGGGAUAUUUCAUAUAAGUAAGGAAGAUUUAUGUUGUUAUGGUUUUACAGGUCUGCACUUUGGCCGAUUCACUCACAUUUUUGUCCAUGUAUAUAAUACACGUCAUGGAAUGGAGCUGACAGAAUAUUUGUAACAUGAUUAGACAGACAAGUCAAUAAUUUUUAAAUCCAGUAUUUUGAUUACUUUUAUUUUAAGGCCCUCUUGCACAGCUGAAGGAUGUUUGUUAGUAUUUGCAAACUAACUUGAAUUUCAUACUCCUUUGUAAAAUAAUAGCAAGGGUUUUUUUCACUAUUUGCUCACCUUUCAAUUUGGUGGCAGAUUUCACUGGUCUGUGGGGAGCAUCAUAGUAUACUUCUUUUGAUUUUUUGCCAUGAUGUUAUAUGCUAUGGAUCAUAACAUGAUGAGUUGCUGGGUUUAUUUAAUAAGACUGAUAGGCAUAUGCUUAUGUCUGAUAAGAACUGGUAUCCGAAGAGAAAACCUCCUGCAUACUAAUGGAUGCAUAGUGUCUCAUUGGUGUCUGCUUUGAUAUAUUCUGUUUUAUGUUCUAUUUAUCCCAGUAGGCAAAAGUUAAUUAAGUAAUAUGUUGCUGUUUUGUAAUUCCAUCUGGUUUUCUAGUUUUUUAAUAACUAAAAUUGCCACAUUAAAAAAUUAUACAAAUAUUAAUCCAUAGGUGUGAUGAAAUAUUGAAAUUAACUGAGAAUCCUAUUCUUAUUAUUUUAUAAAGCACCAGGUUAAUUGAUCCAAACUGAAAAACUGUCGUAUAAACCCCUCCCAGAGAUCCAGCUGAAGUGUUAUUCAAUAAUUUAUAAGGAAAUUUCCAUCCAGGUCUCUGAAACAGUGGCUUCACUAGCAUUCCCUCUGGUCCUUCAUUUGAAAGUAAUGCAGAAUAUUUCAUUUGUUUAAAUGCUUACUUCAUUUGUUUAAAUGCUUACUUACAGAGUCAUUUAUUCUAACAGCUUUUUUAAUUCAAAUUUUCCUGUAAAUUUGUGUAUCUAAUGCAUGUAAUGAUUGCAAGAUCUCCCAAAAUUAUAAUUUAUUAUUUUCUA